UGGCAGCAAGCUGAUAAAAAUCAUGAAACCUAAUUUUUCUCCAAUUGGUCACCAUCGUAGAGAACCACAAGAAAUAAUAAUGGCUAAAUUUAUCGCCUUCAUCAAGUCCAUGGAAGAUGGAAGUUUGCUGGGAAACUUACAUGAUGAAGGAAUCGAGUUGACAGAAGAAGAGGAGCGCUUUGCUUCUGAAGCAACUCCUAAGCAUAUUCUUCUAUUUGCAACUGGUGCAACCAACAUACCUACUAUUGGCUUUGUACCUAAACCAACAAUCACAUUUGUUCAUGAUGAUGGCAAGAUGAUACCAUCAGCUCAGACCUGUUCCAACUCAUUGCAUUUGUAUGUGAACAAGAAGACACUAGAUUGUAGCCUGGCCCAUUGCUUGCUGACAGCUUUAAUGAAUGGAGGAAUAUUUAGUAAAUUGUGAGGAAGAAUAACAAUGUGUCCCUUGUUUUGGGGAUUUAGUUAAACUUUUGCAGAGUUAUGUUACAGACAUUAUUUACAAAUGGUGUGCCAAAAAAAAAAAAUUAAAAAAAAAAUUU